AUGCCUUUCUAUAACACUUACCCAGGCUUCCUCUAUCGCCAGUUCUUGGUCUGCCCUUCCAAAGCACCUUCCACUACGUCUCUCCAGGGCAAAGCCGGCAUCGUAACGGGCUCCAACACUGGGCUGGGCUAUCAAGCUUCCGCCCAGCUGCUUGGGCUCGGAUUGUCCCAUCUGAUCCUGGCCGUCCGCAGCAUCUCCAAAGGCGAAGCUGCCCGCAAAUCCCUUCUCGCCUCACUCCCAGCUUCGGCCAAAGUUCCAGUAGUCGAGGUUUGGGAGUUAGACCUAGGCAACUAUGCCAGUAUUACUGCAUUUGUGGAACGUCUCAAGAACUCCAGCAUUCAAGUCGAUUUUGCUCUUCUCAACGCCGGUGUCGCCAACUUCAACUUCACCAUCAAUCAGCCCACCUUCCACGAGUCAAGUAUCCAAAUCAAUUGGCUCAGCACCGCUCUCCUAACUCUUCUGUUGCUACCCGUGCUCGAUCAACAGGCCACCGGAAGCCUUAAUCUCCCUCGCCCGGUAAUUUCCAUCGUGGGCAGUGAGACAGCCGCCUGGGCCAAAUUCUCCGAGGCCCAGGUUUCUACCAAGGAAGGGACUCCACUCAUCAAGGUGUUAGAUGACAAGAGUCACUUUGAUAUGGGCGAUCGAUACUAUACAUCUAAGCUGCUUUACCAGUUGUUCUUCCUCGAGUUAUUCGGUCACCGAUCCAAUGCCAAGCGCUCCACAGGCGCCAUUCUCAACUUGGUCAACCCUGGUUUCUGCUAUGGCUCUGAGCUGCAUCGCACGGCCGAAGGAGCAUUUGGAAAGGUCCUUGGUGGUAUGAAGAGAGUCAUAGGUCGCUCUGUUUCUAUGGGCGCCCGUACUUUGGUUCAUUCGUCCGUGUUGGCUGGUGAGCCUUCCAAUGGCAAGUAUCUGAGUGACAACAGGCCGGCUUCUUUUGCUGGAUAUGGAGAUAGUGGCCCUGGUAGAGUCACACAGGUUCAGGUCUGGAAGGAGACAUUGUCUGAAUUGGGCUUGGUGGUGGACAUUGAUAAGCUGUUGGCGCAGAUUUGA